CUUCUUCGGCUUGUUCAAAAUUGAAAAAUUAAAGAAACAAUUGGACCGAGUAAAACGGAUGCAUACCGGACCGGAAUGAACCGGUAUUAGACGAUAAACCUUAUCCAUUCAAUUCAUUUCUCCCACUCGAAACAGAACAGAGAAGAGAACAGAAAAACAAUCCGAUGCAUCUCUCCUCGUAGUCUAAAUCUCGCUAGGACUUUGCUUUUUGGUCUGAUUCAAUGGCUUCAGUACCAUGUCCCUUCCAGCUUCCUGCUAAUCUCAGAUCUUCUUCCAAGCUUGGAAGCUACAAAGAGUGUCGUUUAGUAGAAAGACGGAGAGGGAGGAACACUCAAGUUCAUAAGUCCACCAUUACUUACAUCAGAAGCUUACAGAUGUCGCGUUUACAGCCAUUAUACGCAACAAUGAAUAGCCCGAGAGGUUUUGGACCUCCUCCUAAGAAAACCAAGAAGGCUAAAAAGCCUAGACCAGGAAACCAGAGUGAUGAAGAAGACGAAGAAGAAGACCAAGAUGACGAUGAUGAAGAUGAGCGAGAGAGCGGUGUGAUUCCAGAGAUAGUGACGAACAGGAUGAUCAGCAGAAUGGGAUUCACUGUGGGGUUACCACUCUUCGUCGGUCUCUUGUUCUUCCCACUCUUCUACUACCUCAAAGUUGGAUUGAAAGUCGAUGUCCCGACAUGGGUUCCGUUCAUUGUUUCGUUCGUCUUCUUCGGUACGGCUUUAGCUGGUGUGAGCUACGGGAUCGUGUCAUCGAGUUGGGAUCCGUUGAGAGAAGGAUCCUUGUUAGGAUGGAACGAAGCUAAGAAGAACUGGCCUGUCUUUUGGCAAUCAUUCUGGAACAAGAGAUAGACACAAAAGCAAAAAAAAUGCUCUUGGUUUAUUGUCUUCAAUACCCCGAAACAAGAAGAUACUUCAAGACUUCAUUUUAGUCCAGACGUAAGACUCUACUCUGAUGUAAAUUUUCCUGAAACUGUGUUUUUUGCGGAUCUUCUAUCAAAGGGCUUACCAAAAUGAAUAGGGAAGUAUCCAAGAAGACAAAAAUAGCCCCAAGUCCAGCUUUAUUGCAAAACCACAAAGUUAAUCGUCACACAUAAACAAGGCAUCACACAA